CAUUAGCAGUUAAAAGCCCAACUUUAUUGACACAACAGUCAUAUACAAAAUACAAGCACGGCUUGUCCUUCAGUGUAGCAAACGAGUUAGUGGCUCUCCGGUUCACGGUGUGGAGUGUUUGCAAAAAGUAACACGUAAAAGGAAGUUACACUACUGUGGAUCAUGGCGGCAAGGAUUUUGCCCGUAGUGAAACUAGCCACCAAGGUGACCAUUGCAGGAGGAGCUCUUUACGUUGCCUAUGACUCCGGGCUGCUGGGAAGCAGUGAACAGGGCUCAGAGGCCUUGGCGAAGGCCAAAGCGGUAGUUCCACCUGCCAUAGAGGAAUGGAUGAAGUACUUUGGUCUGGAGGCUCAGCUUCCUACCAUGCCCAAGGUUGAAUUUGCCCCAGUGAAAGCGUGGAACUCUGGAGUGCGAUGGACAAUUUCAGGCCUUUCAGAAGCUCCAACAAACGCAACUGAAUAUACAAAUCAGGGACUGCAGUAUGUAAAGGACCUUGUCAAAUGAACAGGAACACCCUUGGUGAACCAACAUUAUCUAUUUGUUUGACUUUUGCACUUGAGAAAUGACAAUACUCCUUGACACGUCGUAGCUCCCCCUGAAAGGAAGAGUCACCAUGAUAGAAAACUGAGAUUCGGCUGCAAGAAGGGUGCUCUGCUGCAUGGGUACUGUGGUUCAUUUGAGAACGACAUUAGGUGGAAGUUGUACAUAAUGAAGAGAACAUGAGAUAUUGAAGAUUUCAUUUGGUGUGUACUGACAAAUUGUUACCACUGGCCAAAAGAAAAUAUUAAGACAUCUUGAUCAAACCCCAAUGUUAUGAUGUGUUGUAUAUGUUCAGUUUCACCAUCUGUGACUAAUAAUAAUUUUAAAACAUG